UACACGAUUUGGGCCCAUUGCCAAUGGCCCCUUUAAAAUGGCUCCAAGAACAACCCCUUUACUGCUGGCUUGCUCAUAUCAUUUCCCGCCAGUUCUUCACUAUCACAAUUCAUACGCACACAUCCUCUCCGUCUCCUUGAAAGAUGCUUUGGGUGGACAAAUACAGACCAAAAUCUCUGGACAAGGUUCUUGUACACGAAGAUGUCGCUCAAAAUCUCAAGAAAUUGGUCACCGAGCAGGACUGCCCACAUUUACUCUUCUAUGGCCCAUCGGGUUCCGGGAAGAAAACCCUAAUUAUGGCCCUUCUCAGGCAGAUGUUUGGGGCUAGUGCCGAGAAGGUGAAAGUGGAGAACAAAACCUGGAAAGUUGAUGCUGGAAGUAGAACUAUUGAUUUGGAACUCACGACUCUUUCAAGCUCCCACCAUGUGGAGCUGAACCCAAGUGAUGCUGGAUUCCAGGAUCGGUACAUUGUUCAAGAAAUCAUUAAAGAAAUGGCAAAGAACAGACCAAUUGACGUUAAAGGAAAGAAGGGUUUCAAAGUAUUAGUACUCAAUGAGGUUGAUAAACUUUCAAGAGAAGCACAACACUCUCUAAGAAGAACAAUGGAGAAGUAUAGUGCCUCAUGUCGGUUGAUUCUAUGCUGUGACAGCUCAUCAAAGGUUACUGAAGCUGUUCGCUCUCGUUGUCUUAAUGUGCGAAUAAGUGCACCAAAAGAAGACCAGAUUGUUAAGGUUCUGGAAUUUAUUGGCAAAAAGGAGGGGUUACAACUUCCUCCUGGAUUUGCUGCUCGCAUAGCAGAAAAAUCUGGUCGGAGUUUAAGGAGGGCUAUAUUGUCAUUUGAGACGUGUCGUGUCCAACAGUACCCUUUUACUAAUAAUCAAGUAAUCCCCCCAAUGGACUGGGAAGAAUAUGUAUCUGAGAUAGCAGCUGACAUCAUGAAAGAGCAGAGCCCUAAAAGGUUGUUCCAGGUUCGGGGGAAGUUGUAUGAGUUACUUGUGAAUUGUAUCCCUCCUGACGUUAUAUUGAAGAGACUGCUUCACGAAUUGCUGAAAAAACUAGAUUCUGAGUUGAAGCAUGAGGUCUGUCAUUGGGCAGCAUAUUAUGAACAUAGGAUGCGGCUUGGACAGAAAGCCAUAUUUCACAUUGAAGCAUUUGUGGCCAAGUUCAUGAGCAUCUACAAAGGCUUCCUAAUUGCGACAUUUGGCUGAGCUCAACCAUCAUGCUUUAUGAACCUCAUAUGCUUCAAAAACUUCAAUUGACUUGUUAAGAACACCCCCUUCCUUUUUGUUUUGGUAUGUUGUUUUCUACUUAAACCAUCUUUUGAGGUUAGGGAAUAGAUUUUGUAAUGGAAUGUAAGAACCUUUCUAUGUCAGUUGGAAGUUAUUGCGACUUUUAUAUGUUGAC